UUUCAGUAGUCAUGGUACAAAGUGAAGUUUUUAGAUACCUUAUCUAAUUUACGGGGCUUCUUCGGCUGUGGACAUAUAAAUAGUCAGGUCACUGUGAAAUCAAAGCUGGGAGACCAUCAUAGCAGCUGGCUGGUUACAAUGUGCUUUUGAAGAAUUUAUCUACAUUGGAUCUGAUCAUCUGCAACACUCCAGUUUUUAUAGAUUGAAAUAACAUUUUCUUUUAAAAUAUGUGCUCUGGAAGCUGUGCUAAAUGUCUGGGCAUUGCCCUGCUACCUCUAGCUGCCCUCUGCAUCUUGGCCAAUAUCUUGCUGUUUUUUCCUGGAGGAAAAGUUGCUGACAAUAAUGGACAUAUAUCGGAUGAAGUCUGGUAUUUUGGUGGAAUACUGGGAUCUGGAGUAUUGAUGGUGUUUCCAGCUUUGGUGUUUCUUGGGCUAAAGAACAAUGACUGCUGUGGCUGUUGUGGCAAUGAGAAAUGUGGAAAAAGAUUUGCGAUGUUUUCAUCUCUCCUUUUUGCUGCCAUUGGGUUUGUGGGAGCCGGCUACAGCUUUAUAAUAUCUAUAGUGGGCAUACACAAAGGCCCCAAAUGUGAUAUAGGCUAUGGAAACUGGACAUAUGCUUUUGAAGGGGGAAACCACCUGGGGAACCCGGGCAUAUGGAGUAAGUGUGUCGCACCUCCUGAAAUCGUGCCGUGGAACCUGACCCUUUUCAGUUUGCUGCUCAUCAUGAGUGCGGUCCAGGCUGUUCUCUGUGCUAUCCAAGCUAUUAAUGGCAUCCUUGGGACAUUUUGUGGAGACUGCAAGUGCUCUGGAUGUUGUGGGGGAGAAGGAACAGUUUAACACCCAGGGAUUAUGAACUGCUGUAAGAGACUAUUCGAGUGUCAAUUUACCAUCAACACAAGGAAGUUUAGGAAUGAAGAGCCCAAAAACAGCUCUGACUAUAUCAUAGCAUUGUGUACCUAACUUUAAAAUGAUGUAGAGGCACUCUUUUUGUAUAGUUCUAGACCCUCCCACUGCCCAACACCACCCUUCCCUAUAUCUAAAUACACAUUGAAUAAUAAACUCUAGUUGAAUCUAC